UGAAAUAGAAUUUUGGCAGACUAUUGCGGGUUUUUUUGCAAGCUAUUUCCUAUCAACGCUAGUGUGUAAAUACUUGUGUUUCUAAAAGCAGCUAACUUCACCCUACCCCUCAUGACCAGAUGUUCACUGGUUAUUCUGCCUGGUCUGUUAUGUCAUUUACAGUGACAAGAAAAGGUAUGUGAACCCUUUGGAAAUACCUGGAUUUCUGCGUAAAUUGAUCAUAACAUUUUAUCUGAUCUUCAUCUAGGUCACAACAAUAGACAAACACGGUCUGCUUAAAGUAAUGACACACAAACAAUUAUACAUGUUCAUGUCUUUAUUGAACAUACUGUGUAAACAUUCACAGUGCAGGGUGGAGAAAUUAUGUGAACCCUUGGAUUUAAUAACGGGUUGACCCGCCUUUGACAGCAAUUUUGGACCAUUCCUCUUUACAAAACUGUUUCAGUUCAGCAAUAUUCUUGGGAUGUCUGGUGUGAACUGCUCUCUUGAUGUCAUGCCACAGCAUCUCAAUCGGGUUGAGGUCAGGACUCUGACUGGGCCACUCCAGAAGGCGUAUUUUCUUCUGUUGAAGCCAUUCUGUUGUUGAUUUACUUCUGUGUUUUGGGUCGUUGUCCUGUUGCAUCACCCAACUUCUGUUGAGCUUCAAUUGGUGGACAGAUAGCCUAUUCUCCUGCGAAAUGUCUUGAUAAACUUGGGAUUGAAUUUUUCCAUCUGAUGGCAAGCUGUCCAUGCCCUGAGGCAGCAAAGCAGUCCCAAACCAUGAUGCUCCCUCCACCAUACUUUACAGUUGGGAUGAGGUUUUGAUGUUGGUGUGCUGUGCCCUUUUUUCUCCACACAUAGUGUUGUGUGUUCCUUCCAAACAACUCAAUUGUAGUUUUAUCUGUCCACGGAAUAUUUUGCCAGUAGCGCUGUGGAACAGCCAGGUGCACUUUUGCAAACUUCAGACCGCAUUGGCUUCUUCUGUGGUGUCCUCCCCAUGGACACCAUUCUUGUUUAGUGUUUUAUGUAUUGUGGACUCGUCAACAGAGAUGUUAGCAUGUUCCAGAGAUUUCUGUAAGUCUUUAGCUGACACUGAUUCUUCUUAACCUCAUUGAGCAUUCUGCGCUGUGCUCUUGCAGUCUUCUUUGCAGGACGGCCACUCCUAGGGAGAGUAGCAACAGUGCUGAACUUUCUCCAUUUAUAGACCAUUUAUCUUACUGCUGACUGAUGAACAUCAAGGCUUUUAGAGAUACUCAACAAUUCUUAAUCUUAUGUCUUCUGAGAUCUCUUUUGUUCGAGGCAUGGUUCACAUCAGGCAAUGCUUCUUGUGAAUAGUAAACUCAAUUUUUUUGAGUUUUUUUAUAGGGCAAGGCAGCUCUAAGCAACAUCUCCAAUCUCGUCUCAUUGAUUGGACUCCAAUUAGCUUUUGGAGGAGUCAUUAGCCUAGGGGUUCACAUACUUUUUCUAACCUACACUGUGAAUGUUUAAAUUAUGUAUUCAAUAUAGACAAGAAAAAUACAAUUUGUGUGUUAUUAGUUUAAGCACACUGUUUGUCUAUUGUUGUGACUUAGAUGAAGAUCAGAUCAAAUCUGAUGACCAAUUUAUGCAGAAAUCCAGGUAAUUCCAAAAGGUUCACCUACUUUUUCUUGCCACUGUAGGUUAACAUCCUGGAGCUCAGUGUCCGAUAGAGAAUCGUGGAAUAAUCCUACACACACACACACACACACACACACACACGUUCUGAGCUAUCACAUACCUGGCAAUCUCUAACACACACAUUUAGGGCAGUUCUGGACUGUUUUUCGACAGUGCAUUCUCACAUAGCCUUGCUAAUCCCAUCCCUAUGGUCACACACUGUUGAAGUCCUGCAUUCAAAUAGGCCUUGCUAUGUUUGUGGUUGAGGGCUCCUGACUGGUUGUACAGAUCUAGCCAAUCCGUCCAUAGAACUCCAGCGGAGAUUAACGUUGACUUGACUAUUUAAUUGUAAUCCAAUAAUGGAAAUAGUGGAUUCGAUUCGGCGUCCAUGUUGGCUUUAAGACACGGUUACAACGCACACUAUAGAACAAAAUAAAUGGCAACUGUCGCCUUAUUGCGCACCUGAUGCUGGCUAUGUCAUUGGAAAUGAAAGGGGAAGCGCAGUGUCUGGACUAGACUGAAUGAAUUCAAAACCUUCUCAUUCGUGGUCGUCACACUACUCAUGCUGAAAUAACAGCCUAUAUAAUGUACAUAAUAAUAAUCAUUUAUUAUUUACCAAUUUCUGUCCAGUGUUCACAUUCAACAUCCUCAUCUGUCAGAAAUGUAACAAGUUGGCUAGCUAGUACUCCAAUUCAGAAAGUGGGUGUUGCCUCCCUGUUUCAACCAGAAGCCCAGUCCUCCACAUCCACUGAACAGACAGGAGAAGAGAGACAAUGAGACUGCUCUGUAGCCUACUCUUCAUUCUGGGACAGAUUACAUUUGAGUCCCUAAUGGCACCCUAUGUCCUAUAUAGUGCACUACAUUAGACCAGAGUGUCAUUCCAUUUGAUUUCAGUAACUUUUGUCAGAAUAAUAGAGAGAAUGAUUUAUUUAAGCUUUUAUUUCUUUCAUCACAUUCCCAGUGGGUCAGAAGUUUACAUACUAAUUGAGUGUAUUUGAUACCAUUGCCUUUAAAUUGUUUAACUUGGGUCAAACGUUUCAGGUAGCCUUCCACAAGCUCCCACAAUAAGUUGGGUGAAUUUUGGCCCAUUCCUCCUGACAGAGCUGGUGUAACUGAGUCAGGUCCAGUAUGGUGGAUCAAGGAUAUGUACAGGGCUGGCACCCAGCUGGAAAGGACCCCUCUCAGAGCCACCUGGGGGGGUCCUAGACCGCCAGCGACGACGGGUCUCUACGUUCCUCACUACGUUAUUUUUCUACCCAAAGGCCUCAGUCAUUCUCCCUUGCCCCUCUCUCAACCCUCUAGGUCUCAACCCACAGAUUUUAUACCAAAUCAUACCCCAAGCUCCUACUCUUAACUCCAGUCCACAGCCCAUAAACCUCCAGUCUAACUGACCAUGAGGGGACAGAAGGUGAGCAUGUUAUUGGGCUGUGCUCUCCUCUGCUCCGCCUCUCUCCUCUACCUGGGCCUGAGUGGCAUCGACUGCCCUCCCCCUGACCACGCCCACCGCCAUACCUGGGCAGAUGCCCACCUGGGCUCCACCAAUCAGAGCCAAGCAUCUCCCAUUUACUAUGGCGAGGACACACCCCUCAUUUUCAUUGGUGGGUUCCCUCGGAGCGGCACCACACUGAUGCGGGCCAUGCUGGAUGCCCACAAUGCAGUGCGUUGCGGGGAGGAGACACGGGUGAUCCCGCGUCUCCUUGCCAUGCGUGCCACCUGGAGUCGCUCGGCCAGAGAGCGGGUCAGACUGGACGAGGCCGGGGUCACUGACCAGGUGUUGGACUCAGCAGUGCGGGCAUUCUUACUGGAGAUAAUAAUAGGUCAUGGGGAGCCAGCAGCCAGGCUCUGUAACAAGGAUCCAUUUGCUCUGAAGUCUCUGUCCUACCUGGCCCGUAUUUUCCCCCAGGCCAAGUUUGUUCUCAUGCUACGGGAUGGAAGGGCUACCGUCCACUCCAUGAUCUCACGCAAGGUGACCAUCUCUGGUUUUGACCUGACUAGUUACAGGGACUGUCUAACUAAGUGGAGCCGUGCGAUGGAGGGCAUGUACUCCCAGUGCCAGAGGGUGCCUGAGGGCAGCUGUCUGCCUGUGCGCUACGAGCAGCUGGUACUGCACCCAGAGGAAGAGAUGAGGAAGCUGCUGAGCUUCCUGGGGUUGCCAUGGGACCCGGCCGUGCUACACCACGAAGACCUCAUUGGCAAGGCCGGUGGAGUGUCGCUGUCCAAAGUGGAGCGGUCCACAGACCAGGUCGUGAACCCUGUAAACACAGACGCCCUGUCUAAGUGGGUGGGUCACAUCCCCUCUGAUGUGCUGCGUGAGAUGGAUGACAUCGCCCCCAUGCUCGCCCGCCUCGGCUACGACCCCCUUGCAAACCCCCCCGACUACACCCGGCCAGACCCCAUCAUAGCCCCCAACAACUACACACUGCUUCAGAGAACAGAAAUCCUACAUCCCAGUUAGGUGGAAAAGAAAGGAGGAGGAGGUAUACACAAUGCACUUUGGACAUUCUAGAACCCUCUCCAGUUCCACGCUACUUUCCCAUUGGCUCUCAGCCCACCAUCAACCCCACUGAAGAGGAUUCUAAACUGCAUCUGUGUUUUUGCUUAGGCCACUGUGACCGUUAGCCUAUGUUGUGUUAUUUCAGUGGAAUGAGGGCAUCAAAUAUGGAUCCGUUUAUUGCGCCACAAUUCUGUGGGACAGUGGAUGCCACUGUGUGGGAACUCCGGUGCCUCUUCCCUUGACUCAUUCUCAGGAAAGUCCCCUGUCUGAAAUUCUGCCUCCACUCCCUCCACAGACCCCUCCAUGUACCAAUAGUGUUGCAGUGUAAUGUGAAUUUGUACCACAAUUGUUGAACCUGGUACCAUUUCUAUGUUUCUUAUUAACUUCCUGUCACUCAUCCAAAAUCUGUGAACAUGUUUUUGGAAAGAUCUGCGAGUGUGUGUGUGUGUGUAUAUACAUGUGUAAGUAGGCAUACAUUUAUAUUUUUCAAGAUGUCAUGUUUAUUUUCUUAAUAAAUUAUUUUGUUGGAGCAUUCA